GAACGAAUUAUUAAAAAAAUUAGAUUUAUCGGGUUUAAUGUUCCUUAAUAAAUUAUAUGCCCAAGAAUGUAAUUUAGAAGAAAUAAACUUAAAAGGAUUAACAGGAAUGUUAACUUUGGAUUUAGCCGAAAAUAAGUUAAAAAAGGUAGAUUUAUCAGAAUGUAAAAGAUUAAAAUAUUUAUCUUGUCGAGUAAAUAAUUUGAAAGAAUUAGAUAUUACCAAAAAUACUUAUCUUAAUAACUUGAAAUGUUUUCAUAAUGAGUUAACUAAAUUAGAUACUAGUAAAAAUAAAUCAUUAGAGUUUUUAGACUAUAUAUCUAAUAAUGAAAUGUUGGAAACUUUAAAUGCCUCUUGUAAUAAAAUUACUGGAACUUUUGACUUAACUAAUAACAAAAAUAUUAAAGAAUUAAAUGUUGUUGCCAAUAAUAUUAGUAAUUACAAAAUUAAUGAAUUAGAUAUUAAGUCGAGCGAUAAAGUUUAUAAUUCUAAAAAGA